AUGUGGUCAAUCACCUUACCAAUGACAUCUGAUGAUGAGCUAAAAGAAAUUAAAGGACGCCCAGUGGAUUUUUACGAUUGUUUAGUUGCCGAUAGUAUUUUCUUUUUGACUGUUCCUUUCUUGACAAUACCUGAGUCUCCUGGUUUUCUGCCAAUCUCUUCUCCCAGAGGGAGUCAGUUAAUGGCAGACUGGGAGGCUUGUGCAACUUCAUAUAUUGUGGUGGUAUCUGAUAUGGAGACUUUUCAGUCAAAUGAUUCCUUUCAGACAUGGACCAGAGUCAGAGUCCCUCCAGGUAGUCUGACUGAUGAUGAAAGAAGAAGCGUGUCUGAUGUGAGUUUCUCUCGCGAAGGAGUGUUUUUUCUAAUAGAAGGUAUUCUUUACAUAAGAAGUAUGCAUGAAUUUACAAGACUGGGAAAAUUUUCAAAUCUUCCCGAUGAAAUCAUUGGCAUCACAACAAGAAAAUGGUGCUGGGACAAAUAUUUACUCAAGGUUAAAGACCAAAUAAGCUACAUAGCAGUUUGGACAAAAGAUGCACUUUAUCUUGGAUAUGAACACCUUAAAUUUAACAAAAUAAUAGAAACAGAUGAUAUGAGGCAAAUUCUACAUGUGCCAUAUGCUACUCUAAAUAUACACACUGUUGAGUAUACAGAACAUCCUUUGGAGCUUGCCUUGUUAGUGGAGUCCUGCACUCAGUGUCACAUCUCCAGAACACUCCACUUUAUAAUAAUUAAUGAAGAUACAGAAGAGUUCCUGAGCAAAGAAUUUAAAUUAACAGGAUAUCCUGGCACUUUUUUCAGUAUGCAUUUUGCCUUUUCAGGAACACCAGAAUUUGUACUCAAUGACAAAACUAGAAUAAUCUAUUGUUAUAACAACUUUGCCAAUAAGGGGCAUUUACAGAUACCUAUCAAGGAUCAAAUUAUUCAUCAAGUUUUCAUAGAUUAUUUGGGAAACUUCAUUGUAAAAUUGGAAAACAAUGCCAUGUUUCUUUUCAAGAUUAAUAUUAAUCAGAUACUAAAGCUACAUUCCUGGACCAAUAGCACAACAAAAUGCAUAAUUGCAAUGUUCCCAACUGGUCAAACAUAUUUCAUACAUGUUUCAAAAAUUGGAAAUAUAUAUACUGAAACUUAUCCUUUGCAACUGGAGGUAGAUAGUGUAGCUGCCAGAAAUAGAGAUAUGUGCCCCUACAUUGAAUUUCAGGAUAACGUUCUUAGGAACACCUAUAUUUUAGAUAAGGGACAGAAUCUGUCCUUUUUGGUUGAACUACAAUAUCCAGAAGACAUUGGCAUGGAUAUUCUUAUGGAAUCUUAUGGACCAGACAUUUUAGAAAGAAGAGAAAAGAAUAGCUAUGAAUCUUCCUUAGGACAAAGCUAUAAAUCUAAGGAAAUUGAAUUUUAUCAGCAUGAAAAUUUUGAGGGUGUAAAUGAUUACUUCAAAUUACAAUAUAAUAAAACAGGUGUUGUUCUUUUUACCGUUAAGCCUAGUGACAGUGCAAAUACAUGUAUCAAUCCCCAAAAGGUGUUUCAAGUCCUUGUUGGCUGUGAUUCAGCUAAGUACAUCCUUGUCAAGGGAUUUGAAAAAAAAGAUUGUCUUCCAUAUGAAUUUUUAUAUGACAUUGAAAAGUCAUAUUUAAGGCAUCAACAGUCUGGAAAAAAGAGAGUAAAAUAUGACUGGAAAUUAUAUGGCUGCCCAUUAAAAGUUCAUAUCAAAGAAAAGUUUCAGCCUUUGGUUCAAUUAUACAAUGAAGAAGGUUAUGUUGAAGAUAUUCAUGUAAAUUUCAUAGUGUGGGAAAUACAUGGCAGAAAGGACUAUAGCUUCAAUAACAGUAUGGCUCAAAGUGGUUGUUUGAGGGAAGCCCAGACAUGGAAGUCAAUGACUGAGUUUAACGAGAGCCUUCCAUUAGAAGAUGCGUGGGGACCAGAGAACUAUAGGCACUGUUUUUCUCUUUCUGGAAAACGAGAAGACUUAAAUCAACCAUAUGAGAUUAUCAACAAGACUAACAAAAACCAUUUAGUGUGGCCAAUGGACCAUACUGGAAUGUAUGUGUUUCGUGUGAAGAUACUGGAUCCAAACUAUAGUUUCUGUACCCUAACUGCUGUGUUUGCAAUAGAGACCUAUGGCCUGGUCCCUAACAUGUAUUCCAUUAUGAAAAUUAGCUCUUUUGUCAAUGAUUAA